AUGCCGUUCGUGGAUGACUACAUGGAGGAUGCUCCUCUCCAAUUGAUCCAAAGCGACUUGCAAGAGUCUGUUGAGGCUUCAUACUCAAGAGAGAGCUCAAUCGCUCUCGGUUUCGCCGGUGGUGCUGGCCCGACUGUGGUCAACCUUCAUGAAGAAGAGGAUCUCAUCAUAAACGAGCAGUUCAACAUGCCGCCCGCCCUUUUAGAAGCCGAUAUGGGCUUGGGUGCCGGUCUCUUCGAUGAUGAACUCGCGCCUUCCUCGUCGAAAAAGCGGUACCGCCCUUUAAGAUCCUCUACUGGGACUUUUUCCGAGACGCCCGCCAAGUCGACACCGGCUGCGAAGACUCCUCGUUCAACCAAGAGUGUUGGCAAGUCUUCUGCUACGCCCAAAUCUGCUAAGAACAGUGCGGGUCCUAAGAGCGCCAGCCGCAGCACAGGCCGCAAGCGCAAGGCUGAAGAGAUCGAGGACGAGGCCGAGGAGACGUCUCCUGAAGCUGAAGCUGAAGUUGAAGCGACACCAGCGGCAAAGCGUGGUCGUGCCGGAAGGCCUGCCCGUACUGCAGGCAAGGCCGCCAGUGCGCGACUCUCACUUAAGGCUGCUAAGAAGCCUACUCGUGGUCGUCCCAAGGGGCCCGCUGCCACCGCUAAGCCCAAGAACAAGGGCGGUCGUCCCAAGAAGGACACAUCUGUUAAUGGCGUCGCCUCUGAAGAGGUUUACGAAGUCGAAGCCAUCCGUGAUUCGGGAAUCGACGACAAGACCAAGGCUCACAAGUUCCUCGUCAAGUGGAAGGGCUAUCCCGAAAGUGAAAACACCUGGGAGCCCAGGUCUAACCUCGAGGGAGCCGGAGAAUUAGUCCGUGAGUUUGAGAAGAGCCAAAAGAAGACCAAGGCUGCGAAUGCUGCCGUCAAGGUAUCAGCGCCCAAGAAGGAGAAGGCGGAGAAGCCAGCACCCGAAAAGAAGGCGGCCCCUGCUAAGGGCAGCGGCAAGGCGAAGGCCGUGAAGAAGGUUGCGCCGGCAAAAAAGCCCGUUGGGCGGCCGGGGAGAAGGGGGAGAUCUGCCAAGACAUAG